GUUUACAUUAGAUUCACUGCCAAAAAAUUCCAAGUCAAGUCGUCAACCCUUUCACUAUCUCCUACCCUCUGCCACAGCGUUUCUCUCUCUCUCUCUCUCCUCUCCGCCCACAAAAAUGUCUCUCAAUUCUCUCUCCUCCUUCAUACCCUCUUUGACUUCUCCCACUCUCUCUCCUCCUCUUCUCAAUUAACUCUCCAAAUUCUAUUGCUCUUCAAUGGCGGAUUCCAAUCUUUAAUUCCAUCAUUAUUGACUAUGAUGAUGGCCAUGGAUUCUCGAACUGGUUUUUCCGAUUCCAACGACCUUAGCAAUGGAAGCAGUAUCUGCUGUAUACCUACAACAACUACCACAACUUCCCCUGAUCACUCUCUUGCAGACUCCGCUGCUCUUAAUCGUCUCUCCGAACACCUUGAAAGUCUAUUUCAACCUACUUUUUCCGAUUCUGAUUCUUUCGCCGAUGCUAAAAUCAUCAUCUCCGGCGAUUAUCGCGAAGUUUUUGUUCACCGGUGUAUUCUUUCGUCUAGAAGCUCCUUUUUUAGAGCUGAGUUUGCUUCGAAAAGAGAUAGAGAAAAGGAGAAAGAUAAGGAAAGAGAGAAAUUGAUGAAGCUUGAGCUUAAGGAUAUGGCAGGUGAUUUCGAGGUUGGAUUUGAUUCGUUAGUGGCGGUUUUACGGUAUUUAUAUAGUGGUAAAGUCAGACCGAAUCCUAAAGAAAUUUGUACGUGUGUUGAUGAUGAUUGUUCUCAUAUAGCUUGCCGCCCUACGGUUGAUUUUCUUGUUGAGGUUUUGUAUUUGUCUCACAAGUUCAAAAUCGACGAACUGGUUGGUCUCUAUCAGAGACAUAUAAUGGAUAUUCUUGAUAAGGUCUCAGCCGAUGACAUUCUAGUAGUGCUAUCUGUCGCUGAAAUGUGUGGAAAUGCAUGCGAAAGCUUGCAAGGAAGGUGUAUAGACAUAAUUGUGAAGCUUAAUUUAGAUGUUACCACCCUUGAUAAAUCUUUGCCACAACAUAUUGUGAAAUACAUAAUUGACACGCGCAAGGUGCUUGGUUUGACUGAGCCUGCAUAUGUUGAGUUUCCUGAUAAGCAUGUGAAGAGAAUACACAGAGCUUUGGAAUCUGAUGAUGUUGAGUUAGUUAGAAUGCUUUUGAAAGAGGGCCAUACUAGUCUAGAUGGUGCAUGUGCCCUUCACUAUGCUGUGGCAUAUUGUGAUGCCAAGACUACAACGGAGCUUCUUGAUCUUGCACUGGCAGAUGUUAAUCUCAGAAAUCUAAGAGGCUACACCGUGCUACACGUUGCAGCCAUGAGAAAAGAGCCUAAAAUCAUUGUAUCCUUGCUAACCAAGGGUGCUCAUCCAUCUGAUAUGACACCAGAUGGAAAAAAAGCUGUGCAGAUAGCAAAGAGACUAACAAAGCAUGUGGACUUCUAUGAGCCUACAGAACAAGGAAAGGCUUCGCCGAAGGAUCGGUUGUGCAUUGAAAUAUUGGAACAAGCUGAAAGAAGAGAACCAUUGUUAGGAGAAGGCGCAGUUUCUCUUGCAAAGGCAGGGGAUGAUUUACGUAUGAAGCUUUUAUAUCUUGAGAAUAGAGUUGCACUUGCACGACUGCUCUUCCCAAUGGAAGCGAAAGUUGCUAUGGAUAUUGCUCAAGUGGAUGGUACCUCUGAAUUUACAUUGUCAAAAAAUAUUGCUGAUGCACGAAGAAAUGCUGUGGACUUGAAUGAGGCACCCUUCAUAUUGAAAGAAGAGCAUUUGCAAAGGAUGAAAGCACUUUCUAGAACUGUUGAGCUUGGCAAGCGUUUCUUUCCCCGGUGUUCUGAUGUCCUUAAUAAGAUCAUGGACGCUGACGAUUUAUCACAGCUUGCAUAUUUAGGGAAUGAUACACGAGAGGAACGACAAAGGAAAAGAAAACGAUACCUAGAAUUGAGAGAUGCUCUAAGCCAGGCUUUUUCUGAGGACAAAGAAGAGUUCGACCGUUCCACACUAUCUUCUUCAUCAUCAACAGCUUUGGGAAAACCUUAUGGUAAGACCCCAUUUAAGAGGUUGUGACUCGACAGCUCAAUCACACGAAUCCAUGUGUAAUGUGUAUAAUCUAUACAUGUAUUAUAGUUAUUUUCUUCAUUUCUUAUUGGUUACUGUUUUAAUAUUUUUGGUCUGUACAAUAAUUUUGGCUGAUUGAUCAAUUUAGCUAUUAUGUGAGGCGUAGAAAUAUUGUACACAUCUUUAUGAAGUUCACAGU